UGGGAAGGAAGACUAGUCGUUUCCAAAGCUCACGACAGAGUCUUGAGUGCCGUGCUUGCUGCUUAAGAAAACCAUUCGUCGACGUCUUGUUGUCUAAGGAGAGGAAGCAUCAACGAGAUUGUUCCAACAUGUGGUUUCCCAUGCUGGUUAUCCUGGCUGGCGCGUGUGCCUCUGCGGUGAACUGCCUGGAGGUGUGCGCCCCCGACUGCACCGGCAAAGCGCCCGGCGAGAGGGUCGUUGACCCUAAAGACUGCACUCAGUACUACUACUGCCUCGUCGGUGAGAUGCCGACCGACAGCCCUGUUCCGUGUGAGGAAGGUCAUGUUUUCGAUACUGCAACCGGCUCCUGCGUUUCCGGGACAGACUGCACCGAUCUCUGCAGUUCCAAAGAAUGCAACUACGUCUGCAACGAUAAUUUAGAGGUGGUCAGCGACCCCCUGAAUUGCGGUCAGUACUACUUCUGUCUUCCGUCCGGCGAGGAGGGCCCCAUCUACUGCCCUGACGACAGGCCUUUCUUCAACGGCGAGACAUGCGUCAACACGUACGAAUGCUGCUCGGACCCGUGCGCCCCCUACUGCGUGGCGCCGGGCAGCCAAAUCCCGGAUCCGAAGAACUGCUCGAUGUUCUACGUGUGUCUCGAGGAAGGGCCUCCGUCGGAGGACCUACACUUCUCGUGUCCUGACGGCGCGAACUUCGACGUGACGGUCGGCUUUUGCUUCGAGGGCGCGCAGUGUCAGUUCCUCUGCAUAGAUCCGCCGUCGACGACCGAAUCCACAACCAUCACGACGACGACCGAAUCCACCAUGAUCACGACGACGAUACAAGCGACCACUCCUCUUCAGUGUCCAGACAGCUUCGUGUGCGCGGAGGUCGGCUCGUUUCAGAAGUUCCCGACGUGCGUCAUAGAGUACUACGCGUGCUAUGCCGAAGGGGUCUGCGCGGUUCUCGAGAAGUGCAAGGAAGGCACGGUGUUCAAUCCUGUACCGGAAUAUCCGUACUGCAUUGUGCCCGAGAUGUGUCCUUACACCCCGGUCUAAAGACAAAGGAAACUGACUUGCACACGAAUUCCUUUACACCACCAACUCAAGCACAGAGGCAAAUGUAUUUACUCCUUUAUUUUGCUGUGCAUCAUGCAGAUUUCAUGCGUAUCGUCAUCUCGCUUUCGUUUUAUCUGUACUCACCACGAUGAUGAAUAAAACAUGCAAAGAA